AUGUGUGUGUGUGUGUCGGGAAAUAAAGGGCAAUGCCUUUUAUUGUCUUGUUGUAUUUAUAUUCAUUUUCCAAAUAAUUCAGUAGAAUAUAAUUUAUCGAAAGUUUUUUAGUAUGUUAUGUUUUGAAUGAACGAUUAUAAUCUACUUCGAUAAAUAGAAAAAUGAGUAUUCUUUUGUACACUAAUUGUAAUUGGUUCAUACAAACUUUCGGAGCAAUUUACUAGUGUACUUGCGCGAAAGUGAGAUGUUAUUCACCGCCAUAUUUACAUUUCUCAGUUUUUCACAUCAGUUACUUAUUUAUGCAUGUCUGUUAUUUACUAUCGAUUCAAUGAUCAUCAACCACUUGAUAAAUAAAUUUAAUUUUAAUUCGAUAAGAACUAUGUAAUUGUUGAAAGUGUGUUUUUAUAUAUCGUAUGUGUUCAUUUUAAAAAAGAUUCAUAGAAGAUGAUAAAAAUAAGUGUUUUUUAGAUAUAUCAAUCGUUUAUGUGUUAAUAAUAAUGAUAGCAAUAGUACUGAUUAUAUAUACGUGUUUUCCAAUACUAUAUCAGUGGGAAGAAAAUUGAAUUUUAUUUUUGUUGAUAAUAAUCUUCGUUUUUAUUUAAUGUAAUUGAUUUCCUACUGUGUAUUCUAUAUAACAAUUGAACCAUUUUUGUUUUGACAUCAACAACAAAUAUGUUUAUCUUCAUAAUAAAUCUAAACUCAUAAGUUCUACAUAUUAUUGUUGUACAUAGUCAAAACAAAUUAUCAAAUUAUACCAAUGAAUAUAAAAACAAUGUUUGAUGAGUGGUGCAGAUACAUGAUUUUUUUAAUUUUUAUUCCCAACGUUAACAGUGCUCGACCGUUAAAUCAGUACAUUCGCCACUAUGAACCACUCUCGUAUUCGACUGAUGAAAUUCAUCGACAUCAUUUAAGAACCAAACGAUCAAUCACACAAAAUCAGCCAAUAAAUCUGAAAUUCCAAGCACUAGACAGACAUUUUCAUUUACGAAUUAAAAGAGAUGUAACCACUUUGAGUGAUAAGCUAGUCGUUGAGGGCCCAUCUGGAGACAUUGAAGAAGUUGAUACAUCACAUCUUUAUGAAGGUCAUCUAGUUGGUGAACCCAACAGUUAUGUUUUUGGUAGUCUUAGUGAUGGAGUAUUCCAUGGUAAAAUCAUCUCAGAUUCAGACGCUUGGUAUAUUGAAAGAGCACAUUAUUAUUUUCCCCUUCAUGCUAUCAAUGAUUCAUUACAUUCUGUAAUAUAUCAUGAAAAUGAUGUUGUUGAUCCAUAUGCCCACUUGAGAGAAGGUGAGUCAAGUGGGUGUGGUAUUACAGAACAAGUAGCAGAAUGGAUGAACAGAAUACAAAACUCUGCCGACACUAGUUCACCUCGUCCGCAAUCACACUCGAAUGUUAAUAAAAGCCAAUUACAAAAAAAUACUUCGAGUGCUCAGACUUGGAAAGAAUGGGAAAGUCCGGGUCACAAAUAUACAAAAGAAGCCAAUAUUCGGGAUCAUCAUCGAACUCCUCGAGCGACUCGGCCGAAAGAAGAUAAUAGAAAUACUUGUUCUUUAUUUAUUCAGACUGAUCCAUUUAUUUGGCGACAUAUUUCAGAACAUUUACAAAGAGAUCCUGAAAAAACUCGUGAAGAAAUUUUAUCUUUAAUCGCUCAUCAUGUUACUGCCGUAAAUUAUAUUUAUAGAGAUACUCGAUUUGAUGGAAAAACUGAACAUCGUAACAUCAAGUUUGAAGUUCAGAGAAUUAAGAUCGACAAUGAUACUGCUUGUUCUAAUCCAUCCGAUUCCAAACCUAAUGUAUUUUGUAUGGAGAAUAUUGAUGUCAGUAAUUUUUUAAAUCAACACUCACUCGGCAAUCAUGAAGAUUUUUGUCUUGCUUACGUCUUUACAUAUCGAGAUUUUACCGGUGGUACACUUGGACUUGCCUGGGUAGCAUCAGCUUCUGGUGCUUCAGGUGGAAUUUGUGAAAAAUAUAAAACUUAUACUGAAACAGUUGAAGGAAUGUAUCAAUCUACCAAAAGAUCUCUUAAUACUGGUAUAAUAACAUUUGUUAAUUAUAACAGUCGAGUUCCACCAAAGGUUUCUCAAUUAACAUUAGCCCAUGAAAUUGGUCAUAAUUUUGGAUCACCACAUGAUUAUCCACCGGAAUGUAGACCUGGCGGAUUACACGGUAAUUAUAUUAUGUUCGCUUCAGCUACCAGUGGUGAUCGACCAAAUAAUAGUAAAUUUUCUAAGUGCAGCAUCGGAAAUAUAAGUAAUGUUCUUGAUGCUAUGGAAGGUAAUCAAAAACGGAAUUGUUUUACCGCUUCGGCUGGUGCUUUUUGUGGUAAUAAAAUUGUUGAAGCUGGUGAAGAAUGUGAUUGUGGUUAUGAUUAUGUAGAAUGUACUGAAAAAUGCUGUUAUCCUCGACAAGUAUCGGAAUACGAUAGAAGUCAGAAUGAGUCUGCGAAGGGGUGCAGUCGCAGAGCAGGAACACAAUGCAGUCCGAGCGAAGGCCCGUGUUGCUCCAGUGAAACCUGUCACUUUGUACCACUUUCCGACAAAGUUGAGUGUAAAGCUGAGUCUGAUUGUAGUUAUAAUUCAACGUGCAAUGGUAGUUCUGCAGAAUGUCCUCCAUCGUUACCGCGUCAAAAUAAAACACGUUGUAAUGAAGGAACUCAACUUUGUAUAAAUGGUGAAUGUACUGGUUCGAUUUGUCUUGAAUGGAAUCUUACUGAGUGUUUUCUAACUAGCAAUAUCAUUCCGAAUAUUGAUAAAAGAAAAUUAUGUGAGCUUGCUUGUCAAAAUGGAACUGAUGCUUCGACAUGUCGCAGCACUAGUGAAUUUGCAUUAAGUGUUGGAUUACCAGAAGGUGGUAUCAGUUUACGACCAGGUUCACCAUGUGAUAAUUUUCAAGGGUACUGUGAUGUAUUUUUAAAAUGUCGAGCAGUUGAUGCAGAGGGUCCAUUAGCUCGAUUAAAAAAUCUAUUGUUUAAUAAAGAGACAUUGUUAACUGUCGCACAAUGGAUUACAGAAUUUUGGUGGGCAGUUUUAUUAAUGGGAAUUGCAUUUAUUAUCUUUAUGGGUUUGUUUAUAAAAUGCUGCGCUGUACAUACACCUUCUAGUAAUCCUAAAAAACCACCAGCACGAAGAAUAAGUGAUACAUUACGGCGGCCGAUGAAUACCCUUAGAAGAAUGCGUCAUCCACAUCAUCCGCCAGAAUCACGAAAUGUGACUGCACCCAAUGCAAAUCGUAAUCAUGCUUCUCGUGCAUUAUAUCAUGGAUACGGAGAAGGCCGAGGAGCCCAAUACUAUCCGAAAGGAUAUCACUCCGUUCCUACAGCUAGUGCCCCACCGACUUCCGGAUCUACAAAUCACAACCGUUCCAACCAUCCGGAAUUAUAUGCAGGAGCAUAUUCUGGCUCUGACAGUGACAGAAGAGGACCAUCAUAUGCAUUGCGUCACCACAAAAUCUGAUAAAGAGAGACCAAAAAUAUAAUACCACAUUCUCCUUAUAAUUAUUUCCGUAUAUCAGGUAUUUUUCUUCUAAAAACAUAACUGCGUCCAUAAACUAGUUGUAUUUAUCAAUAUUAUAAUUAUUUAUCUUAUUUGAAAAUAUUUAAAAAAAAAAUCGAAAAAAUAAAUGUAACAUAAUAGUAGAACCAUACAGAAGGAUUUGGUUUUCUUCUCAUUAUUGAAGCAAACCAUUUGAAGUUCAAUAAGUGAUAUUUUAUUGUCACCACUAAAUUACAUUUUGAUACUAUUUUAUAUGGAACUAGUUUAUAAAUCUAAUACUCUUUUACUUAAGAAUGAUUACUUUUAAGAUGUUUAUUCUUUCAUUGUGCAGUAGUGGUAUCAAUAACUAUUCGUAGAUAUAUCAUUUUUAGUAAAUAAAUGUCAUAAAAAUGUAUAUUAUUAAUUUUUUUAUUAGUUAUGAAUAUCAUUACUGCAUUUAUAUAAAUAGUGAUUAGAAAAGUAUGCUUUUUUAAUUAUCUUGGGCUGAAUUUGCUAAUAAUCCCAAAGUAUUAUUAUUCGGAUUUACAAUAAUAACUUUUUUUAUAUAAUAAACAAAUUAGUAUUCUUA